ACUAAUACACUUGAUCUUUACAUUAUUUCUCAUUUUAUAUUUUCUUUUUCCCGCGUACAUCCGGCACCCCGGGGACCAGCCGGGGGGGAUGCUUGGGUUGAGUCCGCGGUAUAAAUACAUCCUCCACGUGCCCCUAAUUAAAGAUAUAGCAGCACGGGCAGACACACGCAUCAGGGUAUUGACGAGCCAGAGACACAGAGGCGCCCGAUCUUUGCCCUCAGCCUUGUCUCACAUUUCUAGACGUCAAACCAAGCUCUCUCUACCUCACACUGUCUCUACCACACAAUAUACAACCCACACGCUCAUAUUUUCAUCCUCCCUCAUAUCUCAAACUCAUACGUCUCCUUCCUCUUCUCCCUCAUCCCUCCCCUAUACUUCCCGACUCCCACUCAACCUCUCUAAACCUCACACACUCCUUUUCUCAACCUCCCUCGUAUCUGAACCUCAAACCAUCCCUUCCUCAUCCUUCCCUUAUACUUCCCAACUCCAAUUCAACCUCUCUAAACCUCACACACUCCUUUUCUCAACCUCCCUCGUAUCUCAACCUCAAACCAUCCCUUCCUCAUCCUUCCCUUAUACUUCCCGACUCCAACUCAACCUCUCUAAACCUCACACACUCCUUUUCUCAACCUCCCUCAUAUCUCAACCUCGAACCAUCCCUUCCUCAUCCUUCCCUUAUACUUCCCAACUCCAAUUCAACCUCUCUAAACCUCACACACUCCUUUUCUCAACCUCCCUCGUAUCUCAACCUCAAACCAUCCCUUCCUCAUCUUUCCCUCACACUCCAAGACCUCAACCUCAAGAAGACUCACCCUCAGGGCAGUUUGCUCUGAGAAUGAACACCCAAGCAGAAGAUCGGAACCCCAAGAGACCCAGGGAACAGGAUGCCACAGUGAGCCCCCCAGCGAAGAAGACCCAGGGCUAUAAGAAGACCCAGGCUGAUAAAGAGGAAGGGGUCAUGAGCGACUUUCAAGCGGAGCAGGAAGAAACUGGAAGCACUAACAAAGCAUUUUCACCCAUAAAGGAAGAAACUAUGAGCGAAAGAACAGACAGAGGAUUUCCACGUAAGGAAGAUGAAACUAUGAAUGAAAGAACAGAUGAACCAUAUUUGUCUGUAAAGGAAGAGGAAAGUAUAAACGAAAUGAGAACAGACCAAGCAGUUUCGGAGAAGGAAGAAGAAACUACGAGCGAAAGAAGAGACAAAAGAUUUACACUUAAACAGGAGGAAACUAUAGAUGAAAUGAGUACUGACAACACAUACCCACUUAAACAGGAAGAAACUAUAAACGAAAGAACAGACACGGGAUUUUCGCCCAUAAAACAAGAAACUACGAGUGAAACAAAAACACAUAACACACUCCCACCUAUAAAAGACAGAACCACUGACACAAAAAGCAGUCUACAAGGGAAUCAAAACCCACAACCACUAAUGGAUUCGACACCAGCCAAACCAGUCCACACCAGUCCAGAAGGGGAUCAAAACCCACAUACAUCUUCCACCACCCUACCAAUGUAUUCUAACACCCUUCAAUCAGUCCGAACUCACAACACACCGAGACUAGACCACAAACACCCCAUAGGCUCAUUUUCACCUCUCGGUAGUACGGACUUUGCCACAGGGGGGUUAGGGGGUGUUCAGGGGGGGAAGGAGGAGGAGGAGGAGAGGAGGAGCCAGAAGGAGAAGAAGAGGUCGAGUCAGAAGAGGAAGAGGAAGCACUCAAGUGAGAAGAGGAAUGUUCGACCGAAUUAUUUUGUGGGAAUUCAGAUCUCGAACCCGACAAUCCACCGAGGGCUACUGAGGGUGCAGGAGGACUUGGUGGUGUGGGACGAGGCAAUGUUCAGGACACUUGUCGAUGUCGCCACGUCACACAUUACCCUCCUUGUGGCGCACCUGGAUGGCGAUGAGGCCCUGGCAAUUGCCAGCGCCGCCCUUGAGGAGAGUGCCAAGCGGUUAGGGGACGGCAUCAGUGCCUGGCCCCUGCAGCUGACCUUCUCGGGGGUCAAAAGCUUCUCCAACCAGGUCGUGUUCGCCUGCGUUGAAGAGGACGACCAGCACGAGCGUCUCCUAGACAUGGCAGAGUGUGUGCGAAGGGUGUUCGAGGAGAGGGGAGUGUGCAUGCCUGACACAAGAGAUCUGCACCCGCACCUCACCAUCGCCAAGCUCUCCAAGGCGCCACGGAGCAAGGGGAAGCCUGGUCCUAAGAAGAUCGACCCGGCCUGUUACAGUCACCACCAGGACCUGCACUUUGGCACACAGACGGUAGCCGGCCUGCAGCUGCUGUCCAUGAAUAAGGUCAAGGAUGAGUCACGGUACUACCACAGCGAUAAGGAGGUCCUCUUUGAUGUCAAUUUCGAUGAGGACAAGGACCACUCCGGCUGUUGCUUCCCUCGACGGCCAACCCUACCCCUCACACAACACCACCGAUCAUACUCCACCACCACCACCAUCGCCAACACCACACAGCCACACACCACUGCAGAGGAGGAGGAGGAGGAGGAGGAGGGAAGGCCUGGUGCAAGGUGGAUGAUGCCUGUCGCUGGGGUGGCUACACUGAUGGCAGCCGCACUCAUGUUGGGAUUUGCUCUGGCCAGACUGAGAGGAAACCAGUGAGUGUGUGUGUGGGGGUGGGGUGGGGAGGGUAUGUGUGUGUGUGUGUGUGUGUGUGUGUGUUAUUCUGUUUCCUUGUGUUUGUACUUUGUUUUUUCAUUGUUUUGUUUUUGUUUUUUCUUCUAUUUCCCAUUCCUUCCUUUUUUUCUUUCUCUAUUUCUUUAUUUUCCUUCAUUCUUUCCUUCUCCAUGUUUCUGCUUUUUUCAUCCUGUUUUUUUUCUUUUCUCUUUUCCUUCCUUCCUUUCUUCCUUUAUUAUUCUUUCUUUUCUGUCUUUUUUCUUUCCUUCCAUCCUCCCUUCCUUCCUUCCUUCCUUCCUCUCCCUUUGAAUGUUUCAACAAAAAAAAGAGAAAAAUAUAAAAGAAAAUAAAUGAUGAUGAUAAUGAUACCUCAAUCUUGUCAAACUACGUUACAAAGGUCAGGUUGCCUUGAAUAAUAAUAAUAAUGACUAAUAAUGCUGUCUUGUUAGUGGAUCUUAACAUUUAUUUAUUUUUCUAGAAUAAAUAAAAUAUUUGUGUGGUCA